AUGGCAGUCACAGCCUCAUGGGGACCGUCCCCUCGCAGCGGGAAAGGAAGAGGAGCCGCCAGCCUUGCUUAGCCGUUCCUCGGCGGGACGGGGUUGGGCCGGCCCCUGGGCAGCCGCCCCCGCCCCCCGUGUUCCUGCCGACGCGCUGCCGCCUCCCGCCGCCGCUGGUUCCGCGGGGUGCCUGAGCGGGCGGCGGGCCCUGCCGCAAGCGGCGCGACAUGUCGGUGGCGUUCGCGGCCCCGAGGCAGCGGGGGAAGGGCGAGAUCACGCCGGCCGCCAUCCAGAAGAUGCUGGAUGAAAAUAACCAUCUCAUUCAGUGUAUCAUGGACUAUCAGAACAAAGGAAAGACAUCUGAAUGCUCUCAAUACCAGCAGAUGCUGCACACAAACUUGGUUUACUUAGCCACGAUAGCUGACUCCAACCAGAACGUGCAGUCUCUACUACCAGCACCACCCACACAGAAUAUGCCUAUGGGUCCAGGAGGGAUGAGUCAGAGCGGCCCUCCCCCACCGCCACGCUCCCACAACAUGUCUUCAGAUGGUAUGGUAGGUGGGGGCCCUCCUGCGCCACACAUGCAGAACCAGAUGAACGGCCAGAUGCCUGGACCUAACCAUAUGCCUAUGCAAGGACCUGGACCCAGCCAACUCAAUAUGACAAACAGCUCCAUGAACAUGCCUUCGAGUAGCCAUGGGUCCAUGGGCGGCUAUAACCACUCAGUGCCAUCCUCACAGAGUAUGCCAGUGCAGAACCAGAUGACUAUGAGCCAGGGACAGCCCAUGGGCAACUAUGGUCCCAGACCAAACAUGAACAUGCAACCAAACCAAGGUCCAAUGAUGCACCAGCAGCCCCCCUCCCAGCAGUACAACAUGCCACAAGCAGGUGGCCAACAUUACCAGGGGCAGCAGCCACCUAUGGGAAUGAUGGGCCAAGUGAACCAAGGAAAUCACAUGAUGGGGCAGAGGCAGAUUCCUCCCUACAGGCCACCACAGCAAGGCCCACCACAGCAGUACUCAGGCCAGGAAGACUAUUAUGGGGACCAAUACAGUCAUGGUGGACAAGGUCCUCCAGAAGGCAUGAACCAGCAAUAUUACCCUGAUGGUCAUAAUGAUUACGGUUAUCAGCAACCGUCGUAUCCUGAACAAGGCUACGAUAGGCCUUAUGAGGAUUCCUCCCAACAUUACUACGAAGGAGGAAACUCGCAGUAUGGUCAGCAGCAAGAUGCAUAUCAAGGACCACCCCAACAGCAGGGUUAUCCACCACAACAGCAGCAAUAUCCAGGCCAACAAGGCUAUCCCGGACAACAGCAGGGUUAUGGUCCCUCCCAAAGUGGUCCAGGACCUCAAUAUCCCAAUUACCCACAAGGACAAGGCCAGCAGUAUGGGGGAUACAGACCCACACAGCCUGGGCCACCACAACCACCACAGCAGAGGCCUUAUGGAUACGACCAGGCUCAAUAUGGAAAUUACCAGCAGUGAAAAAGCACUCACAUUCCAGUAGGCACUCUCGAGUAGCAGCCAUACUGUCUCCUCAAGCACUGUGGACAUCUUCCUGAGAUGAGAACCUCCCAUUCCAUCUAGCUUUGGGUGUUUGUUUUUGGACAAAAUCUCCUGGCUGUUUUCUGGUCUACAGUCUUUUAUGGGUUAAAUCUUUGGGGAGAUUGUAGGUUCUCAGAAACUUGGAUUUUCCCAUCUCUGCUCUAGAUGGCAACAUUGGACAAGAAAAUACCAAGCAGAACAAUUUUGCAGGGAGCUGAGAGCUGGUGUGUGGCAAACUAGACUGUUACAGACUGAAAGGUGUGAACAGCUUCUGAAGGUUAUGGGGGAUUGAAGAAUUUUUUUCCACAGAUGGUUUUCUUUUUUGUAGGGGGGGGCAUAAAAGGGGAGGAGAGGGAAAUGCACACUUUUUACAGCAGCAAUAUUUUGUAUAUUAUGGUGGUUUGGGGUUUCUUUUGGGGGGGUUUGUUUUCAUGGGGGGGAAUAUGCAAAGGCAGUAACACUACUCACUGGGCAGGAGGAGAAAUCUGCUGUUGAAAAUGGGUUAAAGGAGGUGGGGGAAAUGCUAAGUGCUUGGUUCAGUCUUGAAACGGUGUACAAUAAUGCUAAGAGAGCAUCAUACAUCACUGAGAGCUGCCAACGAUCCCAGUCACCUCAGUGGGAACACAAUUAAGGGCAGUGUGAUGCAGUUGUGUGCAAAGAGGGAUUUUAUUAAGCUUUCCAAUUUUUCUGAGUGAAGCAGUUUUGUACAAAUGGUUUCUAACAUAGUUUUGACAAUUUGGUUUUGGUUUGGUUGUCUUUUGAGGGAUGGGGAAAAAAACCAUCAAGAUAAAACCUUUGGGGGUUUCUUUCUCAAGUGUUUUGUCUCAGCUUUGCCAGAAGCAGGCUGCCAGCCCUCUUAAUAAUUGCAAUAACAAAGCAAAAUGACAAAUGUUCAUUUUACUUGGCUUGGAUAUGCAAAGAACUUGGAAAUCAGAGGACAGGAGUGUGUUGUGUUACCUGUAUUUUAACCUUUAGCUGCAGAGUUUGUAUCUUAUCAACCUAGCCUAGAAGCCUUUGUAAAAACCUAUCUAAACUUUCCUAACUGGGAGUGAAUCUCUCUUAGAAAAGAGCAAAUUUUUUUCUCUGUGUCCCCCAUUUUUCUUACUGCUUAACAAAGAGACCAAGGGAUGGAUGUUGUUUAAGACAUCAAACCUGUUGAUGAGGUAACUGCCACGUUUUGGGGCUGAGCUGCAGCUCGCAGGCUUGCAGCCUCGCACGGCAGGCGGGGGCAGUACCUUGAGCACCAGCAGAGUACACACCAAACAAAAUCAGGUUUGAGAUCAUCCUCCUGUCAGAUAAAUCCGAGGAGAUUCUGUUGUGCAGCAAUAUAAUGCACUCAGCAAUUCCUGGCAGCUUUUAUACAGGACUAAAGAGUAGCCCAGGAAUCAAAUGAUUAUUAUUUUGAAGUUGAUGAUGAUCUUUUUUGGGGGGGAGGGAGGGAAAGGAGGGGAAAAUGGUAUCUAUCAUGAUACUGUAGAUGGAAGAGAAGAUUUGCAAUUUGCUCAUGUUUAAAGGGAAAACUCAAAAGCCAACAAACCCCACACCAAGGUUUGAAGAGCUGUGGCAUGAGGAACAUUAUGAGGAAGGGAAUGCUUCUAGGUUCUGUGCCAAUUCUUCCACCGCCGUGUACUUGGUUGCUGUUUCAAACUGUACUCCCACAUCGGUUCUAACAGGAGAAUAAAUUAUUUGUGAUCUUAA